AUGGCGGAUAUUGAGAAGAUGUACCGCCAGAUCCUGAUCCACCCUGACGACCGGGAUUGGCAGCGCAUUCUCUGGCGCCCGACGCCCGACGAGGCGGUGCAGGAGUACCGCCUCAACACGGUGACGUACGGCCUGGCAUGUGCACCAUUCCUCGCCAUCAGGACGCUCCGUCAGUUGGCCGAGGACGAGGGACCGCAAUUCCCACUGGGCGCCGUCGCCUUGAGACGCGACACGUACGUGGACGACAUCGUCACCGGCGCCGACACUGCAGAGCUAGCCAACCGCAUGGCCCUCGAACUCGAGGGGCUGUGCACGGCGGGCGGGUUCCCGCUGAGGAAGUGGGCCACGAACUGCGAGGCCGUCCUCGCUGGGAUCCCGCAGGAGCAUCGGCUCCUAACCCCCGCGCGAGGUUGGGAGGAGGACAGCCACAGCACCCUGGGCCUGCUGUGGUACCCCACUGACGACACCUUCUCCGUCUCACUUCACCCGCGCACAGUGCCCACAUUCACCAAGCGAACAGUCCUGGCGGAGACUGCCCGACUGUUCGACCCGCUGGGAUGGCUAACACCCGCCAUCAUCAGGGCAAAAAUCUACAUUCAGUCCGCCUGGCUGCAAGGGCUGGGCUGGGACGACCCGCUACCCGCAUCCGACGCUCGACUGUGGCGCGCGUUCGUCGAGGACCUUCCGAGUCUCGAAGGCAUUCGAGUCGCACGAUGGCUGGAGGUCGACCGCCCGGGCGCCGCCGUCGAGCUGCACGGCUUCGCCGACGCGUCCGAACGAGCCUACGCCGCGGUGGUGUACCUCCGCAUCUCGCGAUCCGACCGCAUAUCAACUCACCUACUCACCGCAAAAAGCAAGGUCGCUCCGGUGCGGCCGGUCUCGCUGCCCCGGUUGGAACUCGCCGCAGCAACUCUUCUGACCAAUCUCGCGCACCAUGUGCGCGAGGCUCUGAAUCUCGUUUCAGCUCCACUCGUCCUAUGGUCAGACUCCACCGUCACGCUGGACUGGAUUCACGGGCACGCUUCACGGUGGAAAACCUUCGUGGCCAACAGGGUGGCCCACAUCCAAGAGCGACUCCCGGAGGCUCA